AUGCAGCUCAUCCUCAUGGCGAAAGCUCCAAAAAAUCCAUGGCGGAUUCCUCUUGUUAACCCAUCACUUUUCACGCAGUUCGUCGCAGCUUCUCCUUUCUCGUCCCCGAACACGAAUUUCAGAAACCGGCCAUCGUCUUCUUCACAGCUCCCUCUUAUCCUCUUACUCUCCGUUUUCAUCCUCUGCACAUUCUUCGCGAUUUGCGCUUUCACUUUCUACCCGAUUUCUCAGCACUCCAUCCUUUGCUCGGCGGUUUCGCCUUCUUCAUCGUUGGCGUCUCUCUCAUUGAUUUUUAGUGAUUUGGCGAAACAGGACGGGCCCAGCAGCGCCAUGGUGCCUCUACCCGCGCACGGGGUGCCCGCAAACCCUAAUCUCUCUCUUGUGGAGAGGGAUUUCUGGCGGCAGCCCGAUGACGAGGGUUAUCGGCCGUGCUUGGGUUUUGGGCUCGACUACCGGAAGAUGUCCGGUAAGAUUUCUAAGGAGAAGAGGAAGUUCCUGGUGGUGGUUGUUUCCGGCGGGUUGAAUCAGCAGAGGAGACAGAUUGUUGAUGCGGUUGUCAUGGCUAGGAUUCUGGAGGCGGCUUUGGUGGUGCCGGUUUUUGAGGUUCAUCGCGUUUGGGGAGAUGAGAGUGAGUUUGCAGACAUAUUCGAUCUGGAACAUUUCAGAAAGACUUUGCAAGCUGACGUUCGAAUCGUGUCUUCCCUUCCUGCUACACACUUGGUGUCACGGCAGUCAGUCGUGGAUCAAAUUCCAUAUCAGGUCUCGCCAAUGUGGCUUCGUGCAAGGUUCCUUCACCAACUAAAUAAUGAAGGCCUUCUCAUAUUGAAAGGACUAGAAUCUAGACUCUCCAAGAAUCUUCCCUCGGAUCUUCAGAAGCUCCGCUGCAAGGUGGCGUUUCAUGCUCUGAGAUUCACCUCCCCAAUUAAUGAACUCGGCAAUAAGAUUGCUCGGAGAAUGUGGAUCGAAGGCCCUUACAUAGCCGUACAUCUAAGGAUAGAGAAGGACGCGUGGGUCAAAACUGGAUGUCUCACCGGCUUAGGACCUGAGCAUGACGAAAUCAUAACCAAGGAACGGGAAUCUAAACCUGACCUCCUAACUGAUAACUUGAAUCUAUCCAACUCCGCUCGACAUCUUUCAGGACUCUGCCCUCUCAGUGCACUUGAAGUAGCAAGGCUUCUAAAGGGUUUAGGAGCACCCGGAGAUGCCCGUAUAUAUUUGGCCGGAGGAAAACCAUUCGGAGGCAACCGAGCCCUAGAGUCGCUCGUGCAUGAGUUUCCGAAUAUAUUCACGAAGCAGAGUUUGGCACGAGAGGGAGAGCUCACUCCAUACAUGAACAAACCUUCUUUUCUUGCGGCCAUAGACUACAUCGUGUCAUUGAGCAGUGAUGUUUUUGUACCUUCCCAUGGCGGCAACAUGGCCAAAACUAUACAGGGUCAUCGUGCAUUCGUCGGGCACAGAAAGUACAUAAAGCCGAACAAGAGAAUGAUGGUCAUGUUGCUGGAGAAUGUGUCAUUAACGGAAGAAGAAUUUGGGAGGACUAUGCGGAGGCUGCAUAAAUACUCUCUGGGGCAGCCUGAGCCGAGGAACGAGAGUACCUCGUCAGCCCUUCUCCGACCACCACGCGCCGCCGACCUCGCUAAUGUAGGAGUAGAUGGGCUCGGUUUCGUCCGCCCUGAGACCUCGCAGACCUCCACUUAUCGACACCAUCUCGUUCGCGACAUCUGUCUGCCGCCGCUGUCCCCGCCCCGUUUCGCCAUCCGACCACCGCCGCUGUCUUUGUCCACUGUUUAA